UCAAGCAAUCAGUUCAUGUUCCUUGCAAUUAUCAUGCAUUAUGUGACUAAUGACUGGCAGUUGGAGGAGCUUUUGAUCAAUUUUUGUGAAAUUAUUGGUGAACACAGUGGUGUAAAUCUUGCUGAAGCUGUUUGGAAUACACUGGAACUUUAUGGGCUCAAAGAUUGGGAUACGAAGCAGCAUGUUAAAUGA